GCCAACAAACAUCUAAAAGAAGAAGAAAACAUAGCAAAACAACAUGGCGGCGUCCACGGAACACGUUGAAGCCGCGUCCACAGAGACAGAUCCCCCAGAAAUGGACAAACAAGAAGCUCCAGAAACAGCCAGAGACCCCGAGACCUCGGACCCGGAGCCGGCCGCUGAGGACCCGGACUCGAAUCCGGAACCGGACUCGGAUGAGGACGAGGACGGAGGCGAGCCGCCCGCGCCGGUGGUCCGGGACACCCCGCAGGACAUCCGCCUGGAGGCUAUCGCCAACACGGUGGCCCUGCACCCGAGCAGGGACGUGCUCGUGUGCGGCGACGUGGACGGGGACGUGUACGCGUACGCGUACUCGUGCACGGAGGGGGAGAACCGCGAGCUGUGGUCCUCCGGGCACCACAUGAAGUCGUGCCGACAGGUCCGCUUCUCCGCCGACGGGCUCAAGCUGUUCAGCGUCUCGCGGGACAAGGCCGUGCACGUGCUGGACGCGGAGCGCGGGCAGCUGGUGACCAGGAUCCGCGGGGCGCACGAGGCUCCCAUCUACAGUCUGCUGCUGGUGGACGAGAACAUCCUGGCGACCGGGGACGACGCGGGAACCGUCAAGGUUUGGGACAUGAGGAAGGGAACGUCCAUCAUGGAAGAUAAACAGCACGAUGAUUACAUCAGUGGCAUCGCUGUGGACCAGGCCAAGAGGAUCCUCCUCACCUCCAGUGGCGACGGCACGAUGGGCGUGUUCAACAUCAAGCGGCGCCGCUUCGAGCUGCUGUCGGAGUGCCAGGGCGGCGACCUGACGUGCGUGGCGCUGAUGAAGCGCGGCAGGAAGGCGGUCUGCGGCUCCAGCGAGGGCACCGUCUACAUCUUCAACUGGAACGGCUUCGGCGCCGCCAGCGACCGCUUCGCCAUCAAGGCCGAGUCCGUGGAGUGCAUCCUGCCGGUCACAGACAGCAUCAUGUGCACCGCCUCCAUGGACGGGUACAUACGAGCCGUCAACCUCCUGCCCAACCGGGUCAUCGGCUGCGUCGGGCAGCACGUCGGCGAGCCGAUCGAAGAGCUCGCCGGGUCCUGGGACGGCCGCUUCCUGGCCAGCAGCGCCCACGACCAGCUCCUCAAGUUCUGGGACAUCUCCGGCCUGCCCGGCACCACCGUCACCGAGUACCGCAAGAGGAAGAAGAAGGACGGGCGCAUGAAGUCUCUCACCAAGAAGGCCCACGGAGACAACGACUUCUUCUCGGGACUCGUGGAGGAAGAGGAGGAGAAGAAGGAGGAGGAAGAGGAGGAGGAAGGGGAGGACAGCGACAGUGGCAGCGAUUAGGAAGCGGUUGUUUUUUUGGGGGGGUCAUGUUGAAAGUAGAGUUUUUCGGCUAGUUUUGACAGUCCUUCGUAACGGAAGAACUACUUAAAUAAACUGCUUUAAGGGCUCUAUGUUAACGAUCUGAGCGCUUCUGGUGCGUUCAGGGCCUGUCCGUUAAAAAUAGAGAUGGGCCGAUUCUUUGCUUCCAGAUUCCGAUAACCCAACUUGUUUUUUCGGCCAGUUUUUGACAUCAUUCGUAACGGAAAAACAACUUAAAUAAACUACUUUUAAGGGCCCUGUUUUAACGAUCUGAGCGCACGCUGUAAAGCGCCUGGUGCGUUCAGGGCCUGUCUGUUAAAAGUAGAGAUGGUUUUUGCUUCCAGAUUCAGAUACCUGAACUUGGUUUUUCGGCCAGUUUUGUCAUCAUUCGUAACGGAAAAACUACUUAAAUAAACUACUUUCUGGGUCCCUAUUUUAACGAUCUGAGCGCACGCCGUACAGUGCGUGGUGCGUUCAGGGCCUGUCUGUUAAAAGUAGAGAUGGUCUUUGCUUCCAGAUUCAGAUACCUGAACUUGGUUUUUCGGCCAGUUUUUCACAUCAUUCGUAACGGAAAAACUACUUAAAUAAACUACUUUCUGGGUCCCUAUUUUAACGAUCUGAGCGCACGCUCUAAAGCGCCUGGUGCGUUCAGGGCCUGUACGUUUAAACUAGACAUGGGCCGAUUCUUUGCUUCGAGAUUCCCGAUAACCAAACUUGUUUUUUUCGGCCAGUUUUUGACAUCAUUCGUAACGGAAAAACAACUUAAAUAAACUACUUUUAAGGGCCCUGUUUUAACGAUCUGAGCGCACGCUGUAAAGCGCCUGGUGCGUUCAGGCCCUGUACGUUUAAACUAGACAUGGGCCGAUUCUUUGCUUCCAGAUUCCCGAUAACCGAACUUGUUUUUUUCGGCCAGUUUUUGACAUCAUUCUUAACGGAAAAACAACUUAAAUAAACUACUUUUAAGGGCUCUAUUUUAACGAUCUGAGCUCACAGUGUGAAGCGCCUGGUGCAGGUGUGUUCAGGGUCCAAAUCUACUUUUACUAGUUUUGACGGCAGUAAAAAGUGUCCGUGUGCCGGGCGCCUGGUCCUAAAGGGUUGUACUUAGUGUCUUCAUUAAUCAGAGGUGUGUAUUGGGCGUAACAUUCAAUCAACCAAUCAGAGAUC